CACAUCACCACCAAAUCAAACGUACUUGGACGAUGUUUCUGUGUAGAUUGCGCUCGUGCCGACUCCGCCACAAUACGUGGAAAGCGUGAGUUUCUCUACUCCGAACCAACAUGUCAAAUUUUUCUUAAAUUUCUGACGAAUACUUACAAGGAAAGCGAAGACUUGUGCACAGAAAAAAAUCUGUUCAUCGUAUAAUAUAUUUGGGAAGGUAUUGACUGGAAAAUUAUAGAUUUUUUUUCGGUGCUUAACGUAGUAAACGAGUAACACGAUGAGCGCACCCCAGGGGCAAGUGAAACCAAGAAACGGAGUAGUGAAACAGGUUACUUCAGGAGAUACCAUUGUUAUACGUGGUCAGCCUAUGGGUGGCCCGCCACCUGAAAUUACCAUUAUUCUUUGUAACAUUACUGCUCCAAAAUUGGAACGGUGGAAAGGAAAUGAUAGCACUGAUGAAAGCAGAGACGAACCAUACGCCUGGGAAGCAAGAGAGUUCUUGCGUAAGAAGCUUAUUGGCAAAGAUGUAACCUUUGUUGCAGAGAAAUCUAUUAAUGCAAAUAGAACUUAUGGUACUGUGUGGUUAGGAAAAGAUAAAAAUGGAGAAAAUGUAAUUGAAACCUUAGUUUCUGAAGGUUUGGUAAAUGUAAAAAAAGAUACUCGAAAUCCUAGUCCACAACAGACACGACUCAUUGAACUAGAAGAAAUAGCUAAAUCGGCAAAAAAAGGAAAGUGGUCAGAAUCGCCAGGUUCUGAGCAUAUCCGUAAUGUUAAGUGGACGGUGGACGACCCACGAAAAUUAGUUGAAAAAUUUGGAAAAAAGCCGGUGAAGGCUAUCAUCGAAUUUGUUUUCGACGGUUCAACAGUUAAAGCACUUUUGCUACCAGAUUAUUACAACAUAGUAUUAAUGAUAUCGGGUGUUCGAUGUCCUGGUUGGCCGAAUGGACGGCGCGAAAAUUCGGCAGGAGAUCCUUAUGCAGAUGAAGCAAGAUAUUUUGUAGAAUCGCGUCUUCUACAUAGAGAUGUCGAAAUUGUGCUUGAAUCAGUUAAUAACAAUAACUUCAUUGGAAGUAUUCUACACCCAAAGGGUAAUAUCGCAGAAAUUUUACUGAGUGAAGGAUUUGCGAAAUGCCAGGAUUGGUCAAUUAGCAACAGUAGAGCUGGUGCAGAAAAACUUUAUCUUGCAGAAAAAGCUGCAAAAGAAGCGCGUCUACGAUUAUGGAAAGAUUAUAAACCAUCUGGGCCACAAAUUGAAUUUACUGGUACCGUGGUUGAAAUUGUGAACGCGGAUGCGCUUAUAAUCAGAACACAGAAUGGUGAAAACAAGAAAGUCUUUUUGAGCAGUAUUCGACCACCAUCCAGAGAAAAGAAACCGAAUGAAGAACCUAACAAUGCUGGUAGAAAAGAUUUCAAACCUCUGUAUGAUAUCCCAUGGAUGUUAGAAGCGCGAGAAUUCUUACGUGAGAAAUUCAUUAGAAAAAACGUCAAAGUUGUUGUGGAUUACACUCAACCUGCCAGAGAUAAUUUCCCAGAAAAAUUGUGUUGCACUGUUACUUGUGGUAAAACAAAUAUUGCAGAAGCCUUGGUUGCACGAGGCUUAGUGCGAGUGAUCAAGUACAGGCAAAAUGAUGACCAACGGUCAUCCCACUACAAUCUGCUACAAAUUGCAGAAAGUAAAGCAGAAAAAUCUCAACACGGUUUACAUGCAAAGAAGGAUAUCCCUGUGCACAGAUUAGUAGAUGUAUCUAAUGAUCCAACCAAAGUCAAGUCAUACUUGACAUCUUUUAAGCGAGCACAGGGCAUUAAAGCUGUGGUUGAAUUCGUGACGAGCGGUUCUCGUCUAAAACUCUUUUUACCGAAAGAAGAUCAACUUAUCACAUUUGUGCUGGCUGGUAUUAGAACACCUAGAUGUCAAAGAUCGCUUCCAGGUGGUGGUAUAGUUAAAGCUGAUGAAUACGGUGAAAAAGCAUUGGCCUUCACAAGAGAACAUUGCUUCCAAAGGGACGUGGAAAUUAAAGUUGAAAGUACAGAAACGAAAGGCAGUGGCUUUAUCGGAUGGUUGACUGUAAAUGAUCAGAACAUGUCUGUUACUCUUGUCGAGGAGGGCUUAGCAGAAGUUGUCACCUUCCCUGAUUUUGGAGAAUUGACCAGGACCCUUAAAGCAGCUGAAGAACGUGCCAAAACAAAGAAGUUGAAUAUUUGGAAGAACUAUGUUGAAGUACAAGUCGAGAAUGAGAAAAAUGAAAAUGACAAAGAAGUUGUGGAAAGGAAGAUAGACUAUCAGGAGGUAGUAGUUUCUGAAGUCAAUGGUCUUCAUUUUUAUGUGCAAAAAGUUGAUCAACGUAGUAUGUUGGAAACCUUACUAUCUCAACUACGACAAGAGUUGUCGAAUAACCCUCCCCUUUCGGGUGCUUACAAACCCGUCAGGGGGGAAUUAGCAGUUGCCAAAUUUUCUGGCGAUGACGAAUGGUACCGGGUCAAGAUUGAAAAAGUCUCUGGUUCAAACGUUAGCGUAUUUUACAUUGAUUACGGCAAUAGAGAAAUAGUCAAUAUUUCAAGACUCGCCGACUUGCCAUCUCGGUUUGCUACCGAUAAACCGUACGCCCAUGAGUACGCGCUUGCUUGUGUUGCACUUCCAAACGAUAGUGAUGAUGCGAAAACAGCAAUUGAAGCGUUCAAGGAGGACGUUAAUGAUAAGAUUUUAUUAAUGAACACAGAAUAUAAACUUAGUAAUACUAAUGUUCUUGCUGUUACAUUAGUUGACUCUACUACCAAUGAAGAUAUUGUGAAAGGUCUUAUUACUGACGGAUUGCUGCUCGUACAGAAUCAACGUGACCGAAGACUUGUUAAAUUGAUCGAAGAAUACAAGAAAGCGGAAGAAGAUGCGGAACAUAGUCGACGUAAUAUUUGGAGAUACGGCGACAUACGUGAGGAUGUAGGCCCCAUUACAAAUCCUUGAAACAGUGGUGAGGGCGAUGAAACAUAAUUUGGAUUGUAAAAAUGCUCAAGAAUUGGUUUAAAAGUGAUUAAUACAGGGAAAAAGACAUCAUGUUAUAAAAUACAUAAAUAUCUAAGAAUCUAUCACAUAGAUUUACGAAAACUAAUAAAUGUCCAUAUGAGAGUUAUACGUUGCAUUGAUUAUGAUGCAAUUAUAUUUCAUUAUAUAAAAGUAUGAAUUGUA